GAUGGAAGUGAAGGAGGAGAGUGAAGAACUGAGUGAAGUGGAGGAGAAACAUGACAAACCUGGAGAAAAACCUUUGAGUCGCUCAAAGAAUAAAAAGACAUUUUUAAAAAAAAGAAGAGCCAAUAAAUCUUUCACUUGCACUAAGUGUGAAAAGAGUUUCACAACCAAACAAAGUCUUGAUGUUCACAUGAGAGUUCACACGGGAGAGAAGCCGUUCACAUGUGAUCAGUGUGGGAAGAGAUUCACAUACAAAGAAAGUCUUAAGAGUCACAUGAGAGUUCACACUGGAGAGAAGCCGUUCACAUGUGAUCUGUGCGGGAAGAGUUUAUCAACCAAACAAUGUCUUGAUGUUCACAUGAGAGUUCACACAGGAGAGAAGCUGUUCACAUGUGAUCAAUGUGGGAAGAGUUUAUCAACCAAACAAUGUCUUGAGCGUCACAUGAGCGUUCACACCGGAGAGAAGCCACACACAUGUGAUCAAUGUGGGAAGAGCUUCAGUGAAUCUACAAACCUUAAAGAACACAUGAUGAUCCACACUGGAGAGAGACCGUUCACAUGUGAUCAAUGUGGGAAGAGCUUCAUACGAAAAGUACAUCUAAAGGAUCACAUGGGAGUUCACACUGGAGAGAAGCCACACACAUGUGAUCAAUGUGGCAAAACAUUUGUUGGGUCAUCAAAGCUGAAGAAACACCUGACAGUUCAUACAAAGGAGAAGCCAUAUUCAUGUUAUUUAUGUGGAAAGAGUUUUUCAUGGCUGCAAAAUUUACAUAAACAUCAGAAAACACACAAUGGUGUGAGAGAGUACAUGUGCUUUGAGUGUGAGAAGAUGUUUAAUACAGCUGAACAUUUAAAACAGCACCAGAGAAUUCACACUGGAGAAAAACCUUACAAGUGUUCACACUGUGACAAGAGAUUCAGUCAGUUAGGAACACUGAAAAAACACAAGAUGAUCCACACUGGAGAAAAACCUUACAAGUGUUCACACUGUGACAAGAGAUUCAGUCGGUUAGGAACACUGAAAACACACGAGAUGAUCCACACUGGAGAAAAACCUUACAAGUGUUCACACUGUGACAAGAGAUUCAGUCAUUUAGGAAUACUGAAAACACACGAGAUGAUCCACACUGGAGAAAAACCUUACAAGUGUUUACACUGUGACAAGAGAUUCAGUCGGUUAGGACAUCUGAAAAGACAUGAGAUGAUUCACAGCAGAGAGAAUCCGCACACGUGUGAUCAGUGUGGAAAGAGUUUCUCUUUUAAAAGUCACCUGAAGAUACACAUGAAGAUCCAUGCAGUGCAGAAACCACAUCACCACAGUCUGAAAUGAAGUAGUUCAUCUUGAUGUGCUGAACAAGAAAAUCUCUUCUGUGUGUAGCCCUCUCACCAAUAAAUAUGGCUCAAAUGAAUUAUAUCUAGGGGAACUUGCAAAUUAAUAAUAACCUUGUGAGAGGCACAUUUCUAAAUUUACUCAAUUUACAUAAAAAAACCCAGAUCUUCAGAUAUCACUAUAAGUGUUAGUUUAGUGUUUUAUAAUUAGACAGUGGAAGUAGAGAAACAAACAAAAAACAUCAGGAUGUGAACUGAACAAUAAACAUGCAUUUAUUAAAACUGGAACUCUUUUG